AUGGGUCGGGGGUUCGUGAUGGAUUCACGCGGCGACAGCGUCACGUCUUCUCUUGCGGGACUACUACAGCUGCAUGAGGAGCAAAUCCGCGCAUUGCAGGAGGAAGAGGCCGCUCUCAAUGCCCGUGCUGCUCUGCUGGAGUAUUUGGCGGACUGCUUGGAACGUGAUGAGCUGCCUGAGGAGCUCCCGGAGCAGGAAAUCACAGCUGUCUGUGAAGAUCAGCAAUGCGUGUAUAAGCAAGACACAAUGGUCUGUGAAACACCACCCAGUAAUGCAAUGACACAAGAAGGGUCACCCCCCAUUGCGUCUCUAGAGGCAUUGAGGGGUGAGAGGCAGUUGAAUGCGACGCCAUCACCUGUACGCCGUGAGUUGGAGGAUUUUUUUUCUGUAAAGAAGCUAAAACGGCCCCGUCGUGUGGAUCCACCAUCGAGAUCAGUUAUGCAAAAAAGGGACCCCGAGAAUAAUUCUGCCACCGCGGUGGAUAUAUUAGCCGCAAUUCCACGUCUUGCUUGUUCGGAGCUCUCCGCAGACCCGUCUGACGAUCAGUUAGUCGUCCCUCUAAGAAAACCGAUUAAUCGCAUGCGAACCGCUCGGCAGCGUGCUCGGGAUUAUUUGGAGGAUGCCACGCUCUAUGGUGAGGAUAAUGAGCACAACGAGAGCGAUGACGAGGGUGGCACGCAGUGCACACCCUCAUCGUAUUGGGAUAUUUCGUUUCCACAAAGCAAGUGA